AUGGAUCUCCUCGUGCGAAGCUGCUGGCUCCUCUGGGUGGCCGCCGCCGCCGCCGCCGCCUCGGCCCGCGGGGAGCCGGGGGGCAGCAAGAGCAGGAGCUGCGCCGAGGUCCGCCAGGUCUACGGGGCCAAAGGCUUCAGCCUGAGCGGCGUGCCUCAGGCAGAGAUCUCCGGGGAGCACCUGAGGAUCUGCCCACAGGGCUACACCUGCUGCACCAGUGAGAUGGAGGAGAACUUUGCCAACCGGAGUCGCAGCGAGUUGGAGGGGGCCCUCCGGGAGACCAGCCGCUCCAUGCAGGUGAUGCUCAACACUCAGCUCCGUAACUUUGAUGGUCAUUUCCAGGACUUGCUGAACAAGUCAGAGCGGGCUCUCCAGGACACGUUCCCUGGCGUCCACGGGGACUUGUACACCCAGAACUCGCGGCUAUUCAGGGAUCUGUACUCCGAGCUCCGCCGCUAUUACCGGGGGUCCAACAUCAACCUGGAAGAGGCGCUGGCCGAAUUCUGGGCACGCCUGCUGGAGCGGCUCUUCAAACAGCUGCACCCCCAGUACGUGCUUCCAGACGAGUACCUGGACUGCAUGGGCAAGCAGGCAGAAGCCUACAAGCCCUUUGGCGAGGCGCCCAGGGAGCUCAAGCUGCGGGCCACCAGGGCCUUCGUGGCGGUGCGCUCCUUCGUGCAGGGCCUGGGCGUGGCCAUCGAUGUGGUCAGGAAGGUGUCCCAGGUCCCCCUGGGCCAGGAGUGCUCUCGGGCCAUCAUGAAGUUGCUCUACUGCUCCCACUGCCUGGGCGUCCAGAGCCCCCAGCCGUGUUCUGGCUAUUGCCGAAAUGUGAUGAAAGGCUGCCUGGCCAACCAGGCUGAUCUGGACACAGAAUGGAGGAACCUGCUGGACUCCAUGCUGCUUGUGGCCGACAAGUUCGAUGGCCAGACGAGCGUGGAUAGUACAAUUGGGACAAUCCACGUUCGGAUCUCAGAAGCCAUCACCGCCCUCCAGGACAACAAGGACACACUCACAGCCAAGGUUUUUCAAGGCUGUGGAAAUCCCAGAGUGAGCAGCAAGGGCCCCGGCGGAGAAGAAAAGAGACGGCGAGGGAAGCCUGUCACAGAGGAGAGGCCCUCGGGGAUUGGGCUGGAGAAACUGGUCUCAGAAGCCAAAGCCCAGCUCCGGGAUGUCCGAGACUUCUGGGUCAGUCUCCCUGGAGUCCUGUGCACAGAGAAGGUGGCCAUGAGCUCAACCAUCGACGAACGCUGCUGGAAUGGGAUGACCAAAGGGCGGUACCUCCCCGAGGUGAUGGGCGAUGGCCUCGCCAGUCAGAUCAACAAUCCCGAGGUGGAGGUAGACAUCACCAAGCCCGACAUGACCAUCCGGCAACAGAUCAUGCAGCUCAAGAUCAUGACCAACCGCUUACGCAAUGCCUACAAUGGCAACGACAUCGACUUCCAGGACACCAGCGAUGACAUCAGCGGCUCAGGGAGCGGCGACGGCUGUCUGGAUGAGGUCUGUGGGAAAAGACUGAGCAAAAGUCAGAGCACGAGGCAGCCGGAGACCCAUGCCAUCCCCAAGCAGUCAGAGCAUGAUGGGAGUGGUGCCCCAGGCUGCACCCGGCCUUCCUCCCUCCUCCUCCUCCUCCUCACCCUAGCCCUUGCCGCAGCAUGGUCCCUAGGGCGAUAACCGCCCUGCCAGCAAAAGGGACUAUGGCCGAGGCCGGCCUUUGCCAAAACGGACGGACGAUAUUUGAUUCAUCUCGGCAGAUGGCAAAAACGCACGCGAGCUCAAGGGGAAGGUCGGUGACUGAGAGUGACCGUGGCCCCGGACCCAGGCAGGAGCCUUCAGCCGCUCUGACUCGAGGGCCAAUGGCCAUACCUGGUUGUUUGUUUGUUUUGGUUUUUCUGUUUUUUAAUUUCAUUCUUUUCCCGGGGGGCUUCACGAGGCUCUCUGGUUGAUGGGAAGGUGACGCUUCCCCCAAAGGAUCUGCAGUUGGAAGAUGGGAGAGCAGCAGCAGUGAUGCUGUGUAACACAUUAAUGUCCCCAGUGUCCAGCAGUAGAGGGAGGCCAGUCAUGGGGGAGACAAGUAGAAGGCUGAGUCUGAAAGGUCACUGCCCCUCGAGAAAGACAAGUGCCCGUGCCUUCCCUCCCUCCAGCAUCCCUGCAAGCAGCCUCUCCCCGAAUGGGGAACCAAUUCACAAGCUUAUCCCGAGUCCGGGCCUCGAUGCAAAAUCCUGCCUUCAAGAUCUCAAGGAAAUAAGUCUUUCUCCUUAGUCUAAAAAAAAAUUAGUUUUUAAAGCAGUUGAUGAUCCCCUGCCCUUGAGGUGCCCAGUAGUGGGAAUUUUAUGUUGUGCAUGAGAUUCCAAAAUUUACCCAAGAUCUCAAUCAACACUAAUCUAUGACUACACUUCCAUGACGUAUGACAUUCAAACAAAAACAUGCGGCUGCUGAGUAAUUGGAACCCCUCACUUUUGGGUUUUUUAAACUGGCACCAAUGCCCUUUUCUCAACGAAUCUGACUGUCAAAGGCUUUAUUUACAACUCAUGGUUCUUUGUGAUGUUGUCAUAUAGUCCAAUGGGUCCAGGGGGAGCUAGAGAAAAUGGCGCCAUGACUGUAUUUGGGGGCUAUUCUUUUUUCAUUGCCUGACCCAGAAGAGAGCAGCUCGUCUGCCUGGCUUCCUGGGAGUGCUAGGUGCCCCAUUCUCCAUCUCAUAGCUGAGAUCACUGAGGCACAAAUGGGGCCGAAGCCUUUCCUCGGAUCCCACACUGGGUCAGCUGCUCUUAACCACCCCGAGAAGACAGCUGGCCUUCCAGGCCACACCAAAGCAUCCUCUCCGAGUUAUCAUUUUGGUUUUACUUCGUCCUAUUGUUCUGAUACUCCGUGACUUCUUACUUGUCAGGUGGGAACUCAGAUUUUGAGUUUUCCUUUUAUUAUUUUUGUUUAAACAUACUUAGAGAGAAAGAUAUCUAUUUACCACCGGCAGAACCUUGUCCUUCAUAGGGCUCCGGGGCGGUCAUUGGAAUCCCCAGGUCAGCAAGUCCUACCCUGUAAGUGUGACAGAGCCCCACAACACCCAUCCAGUGAAAUUAUGAUGGACUUGUAUUAUGUUACUCAUUGGUCUGAUAUUGUGAGGAUUUUUUCUUUUUUUUUUUUUUCUCUGGUGGAGAGGUUGGGGCAGGAAGGUAGAACCAAAAUGCUAGCUAUUACAUUUAAGGGUUUUUAUAGGCUUGCAUAAACUUUUCAAUACUCCAAGUCCCAUUUCCAUUGUUAAGAACAUUUUCUUGGAAUUAUUUUUCAAAGAACUUUCUUUUCAAGGAAGACAUAAUAGAGAGAGAGAAAGAGCUGACCUGGGAGUCAGAAAAAUGUGGGUUCAAGUUCCACCUAUGAUUCCUCAGCCAACCGUCAAUAAAUAAGCAUUUCUUAAGCGCCUAUUCUGGGCCAGGCACUGUGCUAAAUACUGGCAUUCUUCUAAACUUCGUGGCCUUGGGUAGUAACCACACCAUGCCUGGGCAGUUCUAGAAACUGAGAAGAGAUCAGUGCAUUCCCCACACUAAUGAAAUCACAGGCCCAGCCCACUCAUUUUCCCCCAGCCUCUAAAAAAGAGGGUGUAGUCUACAGUCUCUCCUGAAUAAUUAAGCCUUACAAAGUCUGAUGAGUUUAAUGGCUAUUCUGAGUCAGGGCCCCUUUAGACCAUGAACUUUUGAGAAGUCACAGUGUUACCAAGCAACAUUACAAGCAUCCAUUGCUGCAGAGGAGAGGACUUUGUGAGUGGGAUGCCUCAUGGAGUCCUCCUUCAAGCACAAGCAGAGAGCUGCCCAUUGGAUCCCUAAUGCUGCAUUCUCAUUGGUGCUAUCUGUCAUCCUUCCCCAUUCACAAGGCUCUAGGCCCUCAAGCGAUUGUGUUUUCCCAUUCAGGCCCCACAAGGCAGCCAUUCUUCCCACGGACUAUGUUUACUACCCACCCGCCAUUUUGGUGCGGUGUUAUCCUGGCCUUUUCAUUCCUUUAAAAAAAGGACCUUGCCCUGAGCGGGAUCAGGACCCAGAUGCCUGAGGCAGAAUGGUCCCUUCCACCUACCUUGGGAUAGCAUUUAUCUUUCCCACUACUCUGGGGAAAAUAAAUCCGACUGCCUACUCAAGGGUCUUUAAAUAGGAUCCACUGUUACUGAUAAAUGGGAAAGUGGUUAUAAACUCAUAAACUUUGAGAACUGGGAGACUUCCAGCCCAUCCAGGACAAGAACCUUCAGGCAGUCUCCUGGAGGGUCACAUGAUCAAUCUUAAUUUAGUGACCAUUAGUUAUUGGUAUUAACAUGCUAGCUAUCAGAACAGCUAGUAGUUAGAGCACUAGAAAUUCAAUGGGUCAUAAAACAGAUUUGUAGCUGGAAGGGAGGGACCUCAUCUUGACCCAUCCUUUCAUUUGAAAGUUGAGUAAAACUGAGGUCCAGGGAGAUAAAGUGAUUAAGGUCACACAGGUGGCACAUGACAGAGACUGGAUUUUUAGCUAAAAAAUAUUUUUGCUCAAAGGUUCAGGUUGGCUGUACCUGGCCUGUGGGUCACAGUUGAAUAGCUGGGACCUGAUCUCUUCAUUGGACAGAGGGGAAAAUGGGAUCUCUCCCACAACACAGGCUGACCUUGACGGUCUCAGGACUCACAUCCACCAGGCUUGCCUGAUACCGUCAGCAGGUUGGUGAUGCCUCAAGUCCCCAGACCUUCCAUCCAGGACAAUCCUCACGGCCUCCACUCCACGGGGAACAAGUUAAAAUCCCUAAAGUGCUGCCUAUCAUUGCCUUUUCCACAAUUCCAUUUCACGUUGCUGUCAUGCUAAAAAAUUAAAAUAGCAUCACCCAAACACAUGGGGAGGUCAGAGAGUGGCAAAACAGGGAGAUAUCUCCACGGUCAUCCAGACAACAUCCCAGAUCAAUGGUCUCCAUAUGCAGACUUCCCAUCCCCUCUGGGAAAGUCCCUCCCCUCCCAGAAGAUUCCCUUCCUUCUAUCUGGAACCUGUGACAUGCUAUGGUUCUGACCUAAGAAAAUCUCAUUACCCAACUAGAGCUGGUUUUGGUCAUGCAAAAACCAGGGCCCCAUAUGUGAAUAAAUGGACUGCCUUCAGGCCGGUCUCUCCCAAAGCAAAAAAUUAGAUUACUGCUCUGUUAAGGCUGCAGCCCACCCUGAGGAGGUAAACCACAGAUCCCAACAAAGUGUGUUUCAUGAUUCUGGCCUUUGUUAGGUGAGGCUCAAGAGAUGGGAAGGAGUUUGGAGGCCAUCUAGUCCAAUGUCAUUUUACAGAUGAGGAAACUGAGUCUUAGGCCUCGCCCAAAGUCACAUGAAGAGUAAACAUCAGAGAGGGGGAUUUCAACCCAGGUCUUCUGACUCCAGGGUCAGCAUCCAGUCAGUAGAUCCAGUUUUUAUGCUCAGUCAUUAAAAUCACUCAACAAGCAUUCAUUAGGCACAGGUAUGCCAGGUAGUGACAACAGGCAUUUUACUGUAUUCCUUUUCCCACGCAAGCAGCCUAGCCCAUGACAGUCUCUCAUGAGGGGACAACACAGGAGAGAUAGAAAUGCAGUAUCUAUCCUUCCACAGUCCACAACAUAAUUUGGGAAAAAUAUAUCCAAGAAGAGGUAUGUCCCGAAAGUCUUAUCAGUUUUAAGCUUUAAUAAUCAUUACAGCUUAAAACUGAACUAAAACUUUUGGGACACUAUCUAUUUCCACCCAGUGGGUUGAGUUGCACAUGGUCACAGGCCUUUGGGAUCAGACAAAAAACAUAAAACUCUUGCCCUUAAGUUAAAGUGCUAACUGUUAACACUUGAGCAAAGGAGACCAUUGGGGAGAGAAGUUCAUUGUGACGUAAAAUAAAGUAAAAUAAAUUAAAUUUAAACUUCCAUCCCAGAAAAUGGAAAGUCAGGUGCCACUGAGUUCAUUUUGACCACUGCUCAAAGCCCCAAUUUCUACAUGUCACAUUUGGGAUGAAGGGGUUGGGAGGGGUCAGAAGAGGCUUUGAGGGCACGGUUGCUUACUAUUUACAAGUCACAUAACAAACCUUUUGUUUUCUGGUGGGCUUACUAAGGGAUAAGGACAGUUCAAUAAAAACGUGUUAAAAGCC